AUGGAUUGUACCAAACUAGAGAUUGAAAUAGAUCCAAAAACAAGAAAGAAGAUUAUCAAUGGUAGAUACCGAAUUAUUAAAAAGAUAGGAAGAGGUCAGUACGGCAAGGUGCUUUUAGGUGAAGUAGUCAAUUAUGAAAAAGGAACAAUCAAUGGGACCACUUUUAAGGCCUCGCCAUUGAAUUCAUCUCCUUGUAACAAUAGCCUGUUUGUUGCGAUAAAAACAAUUAAUCGCAUCGAUAAAGCAAAACUAAUUACAAAAUCAUACAUUAGCAACGUAAGCAAGAUCAAAAAGGAGAUUGAAAUAUUGAAACAGUGCAACCAUCCAAAUAUUGUAAAGCUUUAUACCGUGAUUGACGAUUUGAAAUUCGACAAGAUAUUGUUGGUUUUGGAGUAUUGCAAGUAUGGCGAAGUCGACUGGAAACAUUAUAACCACUACUAUGAAAAAUACUCAAAGCACAAGCUUCGACAACCGUUAAACUUGAACAAAAUCCUAAGGGAAAUUUUGAAUGGCUUGGAAUACUUGCAUGACUACAAACAUAUAAUACAUCGCGAUUUAAAACCGCUGAAUUUGUUAAUAGACGAAAAUAAUAUUAUCAAAAUAUCUGACUUUGGUGUGAGUUUGCUUCUUGAAAAUAAUGUAAACGAUUCAAAAGAACUAGCAAAAAUCAUGGGGACCCCUGCGUUUUAUGCCCCCGAGUUAUGUCAGUUUGUUAGAAAUCGAAUGUCAAUAAUCACAAACAAAAAUCAUCUGGUUAAUCAAAUAAAAAUCGAUUAUAGAAUUGAUAUAUGGAGCCUAGGGGUGACUAUGUAUUGUUUGAUGUUUAACACUUUACCAUUUACUGGGAUAAAUGAGUUUGAUAUAUGUAAAAAUAUAGUUGAAACUGAACUAAAGUUUCCAAGAAUCAAUCAUACUUCAAGGGUGACUGAGGAAGAUAUUGAAGAAUUGGCUCAAUUCAAACAAUUGGUAAAACUAAUGCUAAAAAAGGACCCCAACGAGAGAAUUACAUUACACCAAAUCAAAAAUCACCCGUUUACUACAUUUGACCUAACCCAGCUCGAGAGGGAGAAAUUUUUUAAUUUUAACAAGGCUGUUUUCAAAAAUGCAGAUUGCAAGGAUGAAUUGCAAAAGACUGAGAAUACCGUAUCGUUGCCAUCUCGAAUACGAAAAUUCUUUACCAAAUCUUCAUUAGAGACCACAGUGAAACCACAAUUGCCCAAAAGUCCACCUUCAGCAACUAGUAAUGUCCACUUGAUUGUAUCAAAAGAUUACAACGACUUGGAGCAUGUUGAUGACCUAUUGGAUUCAUAUUUGGAUGACUCGUCGUCUCUAGGUAGUCUUGAAAGUGAAGAAGAUGAUGAUGAGCCACCUACUAUAAAUCUCUUUUCAGAUUUCAGCAACAACAACAACGACAGCAGCAGCAGCAGCAACAACAACAACAACAACAACAACAACAACACUAAACAACCAAAGCCCAAGCAUUUGCCGCAGCCAUUGAACCUUCUGCUGAUAACAAACAACAAAACCGCCACUAAGGAUAACUUGCCAUUUCGUCCUCCAAUACAAAAGUCAUCUGCUUCUUAUUCAAAGGCGCUUUCGCCAACGGUGGUCACACCUAGUAACAGCGUUCAAUCUUUGACACCAGUUAACGAGUUCUUUACCGUAAUUGGUGAAAGUUCGCCUUCCACUAAUAUUGCACAGUCUGGUACUGUAUUUAGCCCGAGCAGACGAUUUUUUGAAGCACAACAAAGUAAAAAUUCAAAGGUAGCAGAACAACCAACUAUAAAAUCCUUGGCUUCCACAAACAAACACGAGAGUAGCAAGGGAUCUGAUGCGCUCGAUUUGAUGGAACCGCCCUCUUUAUUCAUUGGUGGGACAACAACGAAUAAGGAAAAACCAUCAAAUAAUUAUAUAUCUGAGCGGAAGGGUAGUUUUGACUAUGGAUUAUCUCGAAUUACAAGCUCUUCAAGUUCCUUGAAUUUGAAUGCAUAUCUAACUGACGACUCCGAAAGUAUUAGUAUACGUUCCAAUCACAUUAUCUCAAAACACGCCAUUGAAAUCAAAACUAUACCCGGGAUAGCAGUACUGACCGCUGAAAAUGAAAUAAAUCAGAAUGAUUCUUCAAGUGAUGAAGAGGCUAAUUCUACUUUUGUUUUAGCAGAAACUUCCUUUGGGCACAAAUAUAAAGAUUUAAGCCAGUACUUGGACAGUUUGCCAUAG